GCCUGCAGGGGGGGGUGGGGGAGCCUGUCCACCCAGUAUCAGGGGGCUGCCUGGCAGCCAGGAGAAGCAGGAGCAGCACAGUGACUCCCUGAUGCAGCACAUCCAGGUCUUCUGCUCGCAGCUGGAGCAGCUCAUUCAGCAGCUGCAUGCAUUUCAUGCAGUGUCAGAGCAGAUGGAGCUGCAGAUUGUGCCCACUGUGGAUAUUGCCGGUGUCAAGUCCUCUCUUGCUGAGUACCAGAGAGCAGUGAGGGUCCAGCAGCCCCUGACCUCCAGCGUGCUGCUCAGCGGUCAGCUCCUCCUCCGCUGCAUUGACCACAUGUCUCCAUUUUUAAGAGACACCCUGCAGCUGAUAAAGAGUCACUGUGGAGCUCUUGAGAGCCGCACACAGCCCCUCCUCUGCUCCAUCCUGUCUGCCAUGGAAAGCCUUAGCCAUCAGAACACCCAGACCAGAGUAGAGGAGGCUGCCUCCUCUCUGUCAUAGGAUUUGUUACAAUUAUUUUUCUACUAUCUAACUUUGUUCCGACAAUUCACAUACUGUAUAAAGCACAGCUCUCAUUUGAACAUGUUGGCAUCUUGUGUAUCGGCUUGGUAUGUGAAAAAGAGUGUCUCAACCCAACUGAUCACAUUGAAUAUUUCAUACAAACAAUAUUCUAUUAUGUUUUUUCUUAAUCAUAUAGAUGUUCACCAUGGUAUUGAUUUUUCGCUUGUAAUGUAAAUGUAAUUGACCUUUUUCAACUGUUUUGAGAUUUAAUAAUCUUUCAAAGACAAAACAACAUCAUGGAAUCUAUCCAGUGUAUGAGUUCAAUGUUUACUAAUUCAAAGUAACACUUUCUAACACCUAAUUACUGCUGAGUCAGACCUGAUUUUUAGUUUUGGAUAAGCAAAGCUGUGUGUAUGAUCAAUUGACUUUGUAAUGUUUUAUUAUCAGCUUGUCCAACAUUUCCCACAGCCGUAUGGUCUGUUUAUACUCUUUUCAGUGUGUUCUAAUGUUAAAUAAUCACGUUUAAGCCUGAGUCAAACGCUCUGUUCUAUCAAGGAACACAGCCUCCACCACAAUAUAUAAUAUGAAUUAUCAUAUUAUAAUAGACAUGAAUGGGAUUUAGUUUUUGGUGCCCACAGUAUCGACAAAUGAUCUACCAGGAAGGACAGAAGAAGAGGGCAACGGUAUGUAAGCGUAUGUUGUGAAUAAGAGAGUAACAGUCAAAGCCGUAAGAUGACAUUUAAAAGACGAGGUCAUAAUAAUUACCUUGUUAUUUUUGGGUGGCAAGAACAACAGCUACCAUUUGCCCUUCCGAGGUCGGACACACCCAUUCCUGUGACAACGCAUCCCUUAAAUACCUUUGCCCUAGGUAAAAGGACAGCGAUACCCUAUGGCACACAUUGAAUUACAUACAAUUGUGCAGAAUUGAACCCAAACAGAACACUUCAAUUGAAAUUGCUCAGUUACGGUUAUAAAGGGUAACAACAUUUGUGUUUUGUUGUCACUACUCAAAACCUUCUCAAAGAAUUUGAAUAAAAGUGUUACAUUCGUAACUUU